UCUGCCACCACGCGGACACACUUGGUCAUUAGCAAGCACUGCUGCAGUGCAGCGUGGAGUUGUUUUGUUUAUAUAUAGUUAUUGGCUAAAAAAAACAUGCCGAUAGUUGUAAUUACGGGACUACCGGCCAGCGGAAAAUCCACCCGGGCGCGACAACUACGAGAUCACUUCGUCGAGCGCGGCAGGAAGGUGCACCUGAUCAGCGAAAACGAGGCAGUGCCAAAGGCUCUGUUCGGUAAGAACGCACAUGCCGGGGACUCCCAAAAGGAGAAGGUGGUGCGCAGCGAUUUGAAGUCGGAGGCCUCGCGCCAUCUCAACAUGGAGGAUCUGGUCAUCCUGGACGCCGGCAACUACAUCAAAGGCUAUCGCUACGAACUAUACUGCAUGACCAAGGCGUCGAGGACCACCCAGUGCACCCUGUUUUGCUGCAUUCCGCAGGAUCAGGCGUGGACCUUCAACUGCCAUCGAACAGCAACGGACGAGCUGCCCGGCGACAGUGAAACGGAGCAGCCGGCGGAUAACUCAGAGGUUCCAUACACCCGCGAAACAUUCGACGCCCUGUGCCGGCGCUACGAGGAGCCGCAAAGUAACAACCGCUGGGACAGUCCGCUUUUGGUGACCCUGCCCGAGGACACGCUCGACAUGGAUGCCAUCUACAAGGCCCUUUACGAGACGCAGCCCCUUCCGCCGAAUCAAAGCACCCAGAAUCCACCGCUUGGCGCUACCAACUACCUAUUCGAACUGGACAACAUCAUGCAGUCGAUCAUCAAGGAGAUCCUAGGCGCCGUCAAGAUCAAAGCCUUUGGCCAGCUUCGCAUCCCGGGGAGCAGCAGUCCCGUGAAGGUCGCCACCUCGAUGAACGCGCUCCAGUUGAACCGCUUGCGCCAGAAGUUCAUCACUAGCACUUGCCGGGCCAGCCAGACAGCGCCCACACCGCUGGAGCAGGUGCCCCAACUGUUCGUUCAGUUCAUUAACGCCAACACGAUCGGUUGCUAGCACUGUGAUUGUGGCUCGACGGUUGUUGGAGGACAUCCUCAUAAUUUAUUCUAAGUGAGAAAAGAAAAAUAUGAGAAACGCUAAAUAAACGUAUGAAGUAUUUAUGUA